AUGACCCUCGACGCGACGGAAGCCGGCGGCGGCGGGGACCUCUUCGCCGCUAACCUCAAGGGCUCGCUCCUCGCCGUCGCCUCCUCGGCGUUCAUCGGCGUUAGCUUCAUCGUCAAGAAGAAGGGCCUCCGACGCGCGGGUGCCGCCGGCGCCCGAGCAGGUGCCGGAGGUUAUGGCUAUCUCUUGGAGCCACUUUGGUGGGUCGGGAUGGUCACCAUGCUUGUUGGUGAGAUCGCAAAUUUCAUUGCUUACAUGUUUGCGCCAGCGGUCCUCGUGACACCGCUGGGUGCACUCAGCAUUAUUGUGAGUGCUGUUCUAGCUCAUUUCACACUGAACGAGAAGUUGCAUCGGGUGGGCGUGCUGGGCUGUGGUCUCUGCAUUGUUGGGUCAACGAUGAUCAUUCUACAUGCUCCCCAGGAGAGGACCCCUAGUUCCGUGGAACAGAUUUGGAACUUGGCAACACAGCCUUCCUUCCUUUGCUAUGCUGCCAUUGCAGUGGGAGUGUCCCUGUUCCUCAUGCUAUACUGUGCUCCACGCUAUGGACAGACAAACAUAAUUGUUUAUGUUGCCAUUUGUUCAGUUGUUGGAUCCCUGACGGUAAUGAGCAUAAAGGCCGUGGGCAUUGCCAUUAAGCUAACAAUCGAAGGAAUAAAUCAGGCCGGCUAUUUCCAGACGUGGGUGUUUGCAGUGGUUUCCACAACAUGUAUUGUUAUUCAAUUAGUUUACCUGAAUAAGGCACUGGAUACUUUCAAUACAGCAGUUGUCUCUCCCAUCUACUAUGCCAUGUUCACGACCCUCACCAUCUUAGCAAGUGCCAUAAUGUUUAGGGACUGGUCUGGGCAGAGAGCAAGCAACAUCGCCUCUGAGAUUUGUGGAUUUCUUACGGUUCUUGCUGGCACUGUUGUGCUACAUUCCACUAGAGAACCUGAUCAAACUGUAUCAGCAGACCUGUAUGCACCACUCCCACCAAAAAUAUACUGGCAUAUCCAAGGGAACGGCGAUAUUGGGAAGGAAAGAGAGGAUGACUCCCUUACAUGCGAAUUCAUCACUGUUGUGCGGCAAGACUACUUUGUGUAG